CUGCCCAAAAAAACUUUAAAAAUAAAAAGGAGAAGAAAGAUAAAUUAACACUCCCUCAAAGAAAGCCCAUUGGACUACUCAAUUCUUUCUCUCUUUCUCUUCUCCUCUGCUGGGGUUUCUGGGCAAGAAGAUGGCUAUGGAGUUGUUGACUGCUACCCGCAGAGGCGACGGUUUCGCCCCCGUCGCAGUGGAAUGCGCCGUGCAAGAGGCGGCCGCCGCCGGACUUCAGAGCGUUGAGAAGCUUCUCAGAUUGCUCUCUCCGCCAGGAACCAGUAGUUUCCCUACGUUCGCCGGAGAUUACCAGGCGGAUGCGGACGCCGCCGUGUCGGGGUUCAAGAAGUUUAUUUCCUUGUUGGACCGGUCCCGAACCGGGCAUGCCCGUUUCCGGAGAGGACCGGUUGCGGCCCCGUUUUCUCAGAAGGAGAGAGAUACAGAUCCACGCGAAGCGGGCCGAAUCAGGGUCCUUCAAGAAUCCGGAACGGGUCAGGCGGUCAGCUCGAAAAUCUAUCCCUCGUGGCCGGUUCAACCUCCGCCGCCGGUUCCACACAACCACCGCCGCGACAUCCCGUUGAAGAAUGCCCCCGAACUCAAAUUCGCGGACAUUCCGGCGCCGUCCGGUUCCUUAAUCUCGUCUCUCACAGGGGAUAGAGAUGGCGGCACGAUUACAAAUCCCUCUCAAGUUUCAUCAGCGGGAAAGCCGCCGCUUUCAACGUCGUCGUUGAAGCGCAAGUGCAGCUUCACCGGCGACAAAUGCAGCAGCGCUGCCGGGUCGGGUUCGGGUCAUUGCCAUUGCUCCAAGAAAAGGAAAUCAAGGGUGAAGAGAGUGGUUAGGGUUCCGGCGAUUAGUCCGAAGAUUGCCGACGUUCCGCCGGACAACUACUCGUGGAGAAAAUAUGGUCAAAAGCCAAUUAAAGGCUCUCCAUUUCCCAGGGGAUAUUACAAGUGCAGUAGCAUAAGGGGAUGCCCAGCAAGGAAGCAUGUGGAGAGGGCAAAGGAUGAUCCUACGCUGUUGAUUGUGACCUACGAAGGGGAUCACAACCAUUCGAUCGCUGCCCCAUGCCCCUAACUCAUCUCGGCCGUCCGAUCUUCAUCCGCGGGGCUCCAUCUAAUCGCGGCCGUUCGAUCUGCCGGAUAAGACGACGAGGAGUACUAACACUUGGUCAACUCUUAGGUGCAUUAGAUUCCCAUAGAAAAUCGGGAAAGGGACAGGCGGAGGGAUGGGGGGCCCUACACAUUUGUAAUUUUUGUCCAUCAUUUGUUCCCCUCUAUUUUUACUUUUUAGAGUUUUUACUCUUCUGUGUCUAAUAAUUUUUUUCUGUUGUAAGUUGACAUGGCAUGAAGAUUAAAAAAAUUGUAAGACUUUU